CGCAGGCUGGGCUCGGCGUGGGCCUACAUCUGAAGUGCGUGGAGGAGCCUGAAGGUCGGAGUGCUGUGUGUGUCACAUACACUGUAGACUACUGAGGCGGCAUCAGCUUGAGCAAGGCAUUUCUCUUUUACCCCGACAAACCUUCAGGGGGCUUUUAGCAUUUGUUCAGUCUGCAGUCUCUGGAAAACAUCUGAUUCAUUUUUUAACCAGUCCCAGAUGCUGCAGUGUGAGAGUGUGUGUGUAUGAGCGCGUCAGUGUGAGUUUGUCAAUGCAUGAGAAUUUGGGGAGAAUCUCUGCUUUCUAGAGAAGGGGAGGGAAAGAAGAACCGUGUGGAUUUUUUUUUUUUUUAAUAUAACUUUUUUAGGUAUGAACGCAGAUACGUGCGUCUCAUACUGCGAUAUGACAUCGAUGGAUUCAUAUUAUAGCCCAUCUACUGCGCAAGGUAGGGAUCACCAGGCGAACCCGUUCAGGACUUUCCCGACGACUGAAACCAAAUACAGCCCCACGUUCAUUCCUGGUAAAGGGCAGGCUUACGGAGAGAAGUCCCGGAGUCCUUUCCAGCCGGAGUGCCAGUCAUUGGAUGGCGCGGAGGAGAGCACCUUCAACAAAUACCAGCUCUUCAUGCAGCGACCGACCUGCAAAACUCCACCCGAAGGAAGCAAACUGCACCCGGACAGCGGACACAACGGGACUCUCAUUCCCUGCUAUGGGAAAGACAACAGCGGUUUAACAGAGUCUGAGUUGCCCCAGAGUGUCGACCCUCCUGGGAUGGAAGGCAGCUACCUGAACCUAAAGGAACCCGGGGUGAAGGGUCCCACUGAGCGGCCGGGCUCAGACAUUUCCAGCCCUCUAGACAAAAGUGAAGCUGAGAGCAACAAAGGCAAGAAAAGACGCAACCGCACCACCUUCACAAGCUAUCAGCUGGAGGAACUGGAGAAAGUUUUCCAGAAGACGCACUAUCCAGAUGUUUAUGCACGAGAGCAGCUGGCACUGAGGACGGACCUGACAGAGGCUCGUGUACAGGUGUGGUUCCAGAAUCGUAGAGCAAAGUGGAGAAAGAGAGAGCGUUUUGGGCAGAUGCAACAGGUCCGAACACACUUCUCCACAGCUUAUGAACUGCCUUUACUUACACGGCCUGAGAACUAUGCACAGAUCCAGAACCCGUCAUGGAUUGGAAGCAGUAGCGGAGCAUCUCCAGUUCCAGGCUGCGUGGUGCCUUGUGACUCCGUUCCUUCCUGCAUGCCUCCUCAUCCUCACGGUCCGGGAAGUGUCUCUGACUUCCUAGGUGUCCCCAGUCCGGGGAGCAGCCACAUGGGACAGACACACAUGGGCAGUCUUUUUGGUGGCCCUGGAAUGGGUGGAGGUAUCAAUGGCUAUGAUCUCAAUGUUGAUCCAGACCGCAAGUCCUCCAGCAUAGCUGCACUGCGUAUGAAGGCCAAAGAACACAGUGCAGCCAUCUCUUGGGCUACAUGAUGUCCCAGUCCAGUUCUUUCCUGCCCCCAUAUGGCCCCUUCUCUGGAGCAGCAUUAGUGAGUGCCGUGGGGGAGGAGGGAGGUUUCCUGAGAGCACGAACGAUAACACAGGUCAAAUGAGCAGUGAGAGACUGUGGAGAUAACAGAGGCCAUUACAACGCCAAUGCAACUAAGAUAACAACUGUGACUGUGACAAUCAGCAGAUGCUGAAAAUGAGAGAAUUACAGACGUGUGACUAAGUGAGUUUUUUUGAUCCUUGAUCUCUCAGGUCUCAAUGAAAUAUGGGGUUUUGUUCCCUAAAAAAGUGGGUGUCAUUUCUUAUGGUGAUACAUUUCAGUAAAAUAAGCAAUAUCAUAAACACAGUUUACAAAAUGCCUUUGUAGAAUACAGUAUUUCAGUCCAAAUCCAGUCAUAUUGUACAUUACUUAAGUUUACAAAAUUAAGCUUGAUUCAGAGUAUUAAUUUUCUUUCUCAGUUUUUUUAUACUACUCAUCCUGCCCCUGUCACAUCAUUUAUGUGACUACUUUCAACUUGUCAUUAAAAAGAAAAAAAAAACAAAAAAACUGAACAUAAAUUACAUAUAUGAUGGUUAUUUUACAAGCUAUUUAAAACCAGAGCCACUCAAUUGCAGAAAAAAGCUCAGAUGCAACUCCUAAAAGUUUUGUUUCUGUCAUUUUUCAUUGCAAAUGUAGUUAAUGUAAUAAAGAAAUUGUAAAACAAACAAUAACAUGUUAGUCUUUGGUGCAUAGACAGAGGUUGCAAUAAGUGAACCAAGUCUAAUUGAGUGAGUGUACAUGGUCUGUGUCAGGUUAGUCCUGGAAGAGGGCAGGCGCUGAGAUUGGCAGCAAUUUCAAACCAACGUGUCAUUUCCUCCCCCAGGGCUGCCUCCCCAGGUUCCCCUGCUAGGCCAGGCCUCAGGUUACAGGAAACACCGUCUCCACUGGCAGACAAGGCGCUGCAACGCACAGCAGCAGCCUUCAACACCAAGUAACCAUGCCAGCCUUAAUCAGCAACCAACAGGAAUAGACACACUUAAUUAGCGUCAAAGUGAGCUGUUCUGCCAUGCGAAUAUGAACAUCACAGCGUACAUGGUGAGAACAUACUGCACACACGGUUCCACACGCUGUAAUAAUCAAUUCAUCAUUAGACGUGGGCUCGGCAGAGAUGAAUCCACGGCUCGCACACAGAAUCCGUCACAUGCCAGAGACUGCAGGCCAAAUCAGUGGCCCUAAUUGUCCUGAAGAGCAUUCUGUAAGGUUUAGGUAAUGUGAUGACAUUAGAGCUGAACAGCAGGAAUGUGGUGAGUAUGUCCAGUGAUUGCAGGGGUGUCUCUGUGUGUUGCCCCUCUGGAAUAAGCUUGUCACCAGAGCUGGGCUUCAGGCUGAGACUAUAGACAGGCUUCAUUAGUCUUUGGCUGAUCUCUCUAUGACGCCCGCUGGGCUACAUAUCCUUUUUCUUUCCCUUGUGUGGAUUAAGUUGGGAUAGUCUGUUUUUGGUCCACAUAGCUGAAUGAUCAUUAAAACACGAGUGUGCCUUACCACUCUACUGUUUGGAGGUAUUGUAUUUUAAAUAGGGCUGCAACUAAAUAUUAUUUUUCAUUGUUGAUUAAUUAUUUUGAUUUGUCGAUUAGGUCUUGACUAAUCGAUUAGUUCUCUUGUAUAAAAUGUCAGAAAAUGGUAAAAACUUACUUAAUGGUCCACAAUCCAAAGAUAUUCAGUUCACUGUCAAAGAGGAGUAAAGAAAUCAGAUAUAUUAAAAUUUAGAAGCUGCAAUCAGAAAAUAUUUUCCUUUUGAUUUCCAGAAUAGCUGCCAAUUACCUAAUUUAUUGACAACUCAACUAACUGUAUCCUCAUUGUGGCUCUAAUAUUAAACAAUUCUUCCCUUUUUAAAAAUUUCUAAUAAAAUUCUCAUAACCAUAAAGAUUUUUCUGGUGACCAAAGAUGAUGUUGGUGAUGACAGGGAGUGAAACCAGUGACAAUAUGACGACUGUACUCACAACUUCCACACAGAGAGUGUAUUGUCAUUCAAAGAAAUAAAUUCACAAGAAAAGACAAAGGCCUCUAAAAUGACUCCAUUCAAUUCAAGAGAAACAUUUUGAAUUAAUAUACACUGUGGUGGAGGGGGGGAAUAUCAUUAAAAUAUAAAGAUAAAAACAGGAUGUGGUCAAAACAAAUGUAUACAUGACUACAUGUGUGACUGAAUUCCUACUUUGGAGAGCUUCUCGCUGGUUCUCCCUCAGUGCUCCACUCCUCUGCAGCUCCGUCCAUGUUGAUACUACUGAAAUAAAGCAAUUAAAAUUCAUGGUUAUAAUGUUGUAUUGUGUGAAUGUGAACAAUAAAUGAUAUUGUUCUUUUGCUUGUACAUUUUUUUUGCUUAUUUGUCAAAUAAUGGACCUCCAAAGAUAAGCCAAUGAGGUAUUACAGUAAUAUUGUAAAAGUGUAAAAUUAUGUUUUGUGUUAUUCUGAAAAGUUGCUCUGGACUUUUACCAGUGUUGAAAUUGCUUUCUAAUUUUCUUAUGGCUUUAAGCAGCUUUUUGUAUAUUAAUCAUGUAUUUCUACAUCUGAUUGUGACUUUUUACAAAGUGCCAUCGCAAUAAGUUAUUGCACUUAAGAGUGUUUUUUACUUCCACUGGGACAGUAGUCUCUUUGCUAAAGCCAGAGGCAUGUGGUUUUGUUUCCCAGCGGUCAAGAACUGUCUCCUAAGCCCGUCCAUAUUUAGCACCAUGAACAGCAUCACUGUGAUCUGCUCAAGGUGCGGGACAUUUGUUGUACAGAAGUAACUUGCUGUUCCUGUUGAUGACUGUUUUGAAGUGAUUAUGAAAUAAAUGAAUGAAUCUCCAGCAGG